GCGCGCGCCUCAAAGUAUUUAAUCCUCCACGCGGCCAUAACCCCAUCAAACGCGAAACCAAAUUUCGGUGAACAUUUCGAUUGUUGUUCUGUUGACGUUCCCUUCGCAACGAGGAGUAAUGGAUGCCGUAGAUUCUGUCGUUGAUCCUCUCAGAGAGUUCGCCAAGGACAGCGUUCGUCUCGUUAAGAGAUGUCAUAAACCCGAUCGGAAAGAAUUCACUAAGGUUGCCGUCCGUACCGCCAUCGGUUUCGUUGUGAUGGGUUUCGUAGGCUUCUUUGUGAAGCUAAUCUUUAUUCCGAUCAACAACAUCAUCGUCGGAUCUGGUUAGAUUAGGUCAUGAUGAAGUACGUAGGGUGAUGGUAGCUGGCGGUCACGUUUAGUACAAUCUGUGUUCACUGAGGAAUACUUAGCAUUUAGCUCUCCUUUCGAACUUCAAAUCUGCGUGCGUAAAUUCGAGUGAACCUUAGGAUUUGUGGAAACUUUUCUUUUCAUAUUAAAGAGCUUUAUUUAUAUCUCAAUGUUAUAACAUGUUCUUUUUCUCUAGUUCGGUAUAAAAUUUCUAGACAGUACUUUGCC